AUGGACUUUUCUCAACUCUCCACUCUUCUCUUUUUCACCUUCCUCGCCGUCGUCUCCGCUGGCCGUGACCUCCCCGGAGACUAUCUCCGAUUGCCUUCUCAAACCUCCAGAUUCUUCCGUGAACCUGAAAACGAUGACAACGUUCAGGGAACUAGGUGGGCGAUUCUACUCGCCGGUUCUAAUGGUUACUGGAAUUAUAGACAUCAGGCUGAUGUUUGUCAUGCGUAUCAAUUACUGAGGAAAGGUGGUUUGAAGGAAGAAAAUAUUAUUGUUUUCAUGUAUGAUGAUAUUGCUUCCAAUGAAGAGAAUCCAAGGCCUGGUGUCAUAAUUAACAAACCUGAUGGGGAUGAUGUGUAUGCAGGAGUUCCAAAGGAUUAUACUGGUGAAGAAGUACAUGCGGACAAUUUCUAUGCUGCUUUACUUGGAAAUAAAUCAGCUCUUACAGGUGGGAGUGGGAAAGUUGUGGAUAGUGGUCCCAAUGAUCAUAUUUUUGUAUACUACACUGAUCAUGGUGGUCCAGGGGUUCUUGGUAUGCCUGUUGGUCCUUACUUGUACGCAUCUGAUCUGAAUGAAGUCUUGAAGAAAAAGCAUGCUUCUGGAACAUAUAAGAGCCUAGUAUUUUAUCUAGAGGCAUGUGAAUCUGGGAGUAUCUUUGAAGGUCUUCUUCCAGAAGAUCUCAAUAUCUAUGCGACAACGGCUUCAAAUGCGGAAGAAAGCAGUUGGGGAACAUAUUGCCCUGGGGACUACUCUCCCCCACCCCCAGAGUACUCAACAUGCUUGGGUGACCUAUACAGUGUUGCUUGGAUGGAAGACAGUGACGCACACAAUUUGAGAACUGAAAGUUUGCAACAGCAAUAUAAAAUGGUUAAGGAUAGGACUAUUAAUGGAGUGUACUAUGGAUCUCAUGUGAUGGAAUAUGGUGAUGUAGGUCUUAGCAAUAAUCAUCUCUACAUAUAUUUGGGUACAAAUCCUGCUAAUGAUAAUACGUCCUUUGUGGAUGAAACUGAAAACUCCUUGAAAUUGAGAACACCUUCAACCGCAGUCAACCAAAGGGAUGCUGAUCUCAUCCAUUUCUGGGAAAAGUUCCGUAAAGCACCCGAGGGUUCUGCGCGGAAAAACGAAGCUGAGAAACAAGUUUUGGAAGCAAUGUCUCACAGGAAGCAUAUAGACAACAGUGUGAAACUGAUUGGGAAGCUCUUAUUUGGCAUUGAAAAGGGUACUGAACUGUUCGACGCUGUUAGACCUGCUGGAUCACCACUCGUUGAUAACUGGGACUGCCUCAAAACCAUGGUGAAGACUUUUGAGACACAUUGUGGAUCCCUAUCUCAGUAUGGUAUGAAACAUAUGAGGUCUUUUGCAAACAUCUGCAAUGCAGGAAUACCGAAUGAGCAGAUGGCCGAGGCCUCAGCACAAGCUUGUGCCAGUAUUCCUGCUAACCCCUGGAGUUCUCUGCAAGGAGGUUUCAGUGCAUAG